GUCCUUCUGAAGAGCCGUUUCAUUGGCUGAGCCAUGGAACAGCCCCAGUUGCUAACUCGUUUGGAGCCAGAGCUGCUUCGCGGAGUGUCCCUGCACGAGUGCCUCAGUGGAUUUGGAAGACACUGGCGCAAGCCCGAUCCUGGCAUGUCCAACAUCAAUCCCCACGACUAUGACCUGAGCCAUCCCAUGGAAUACUUUGACGACUUCCUGAGUCACGACUGGGGAACCUCUCGAUUCUUGAAGCUUGCAUCGAUGCUGAUCAUUUACAACUCAAGAGCAGCACUCCUUGCAAUGUUGAUGGCCGCCAUCAUGCUGGCUGCAAUCCAGUCGUCUUAUCGCCGGGAAUGCAUAUCAACCGUAUUCCCUAUGGAUCAGAGGCUCAUUGCUGUUGGAAUUUGCCAUGGCAUUCACAUUUUUGUCUUGUGCUUCUGGCAAAGGCUUCGCAGCCUGCUCCUCACACCACGAUUUGUUUUUUUGGACAAACUUUGCAUUGCCCAAAGCCCAGAACUUGCGGAUUUGAAGACAAAAGGAAUUCUGGGACUUGCAGCCUUCCUAAACCAUUCCAGGCGGCUUGUUGUACUGUGGUCUCCGCGAUACUUUCAGAGGCUUUGGUGCUCCUACGAAAUAGCAACUUUCUUGGCAGAUGGCAAGCAGCAAAAGCCCUUGGUGGUCAUGCCAGCACAUGCAGGCCUGAUCUUGGUGCUGUCUUAUGCCACCUGGAGUGCUGUCACAACUGCCUUAUGGUGCGUACUGCAUGCAUGGCAUUCGGACCAGUGGGGUAUGAAGUCAGAGUUGAACGACGCUUACAUCCAGGUGCUCAUUGGUAUCGGUGCAGCAUGUCUAUUGGUGGCAUUUGUUGGGAUUCCCUUGAUUUCCUGGGUCAUUGCCUUAGCUCGAACUGUACAAGAGACGCUCCAAGAGCAACUGCAUACCUUCCGGAUCCAAGAGACGCUUUGCUUUUGUUGUUCAAAUCAACAUCGACAUCCCGACACGGGCGCGGUGAUUCCGUGCGACCGGGAACUUGUGUAUCUGAAGCUUAAGGAAUGGUAUGGCCACCCCAACGACAUGGGUGAAGAGUCCUUGACACGGUUCAAUUUGCUGGUCCAGACGCGCUUAGCGAGCUCGAUUCUCUCGAGCAUGUCAAACUUGAUACCCCGCCGCUACCAGUUUUACAUGAUCGCAGCAACCAACAUGCCUUGGCUUUGUGAGACUUUGGUGAACAUUCUGAGUGGCUGUGGGGCCAAUGAUACGCGACUGAUUCUGCAGUGGCUUCUGGAAUGGAUCACGAUCAGCAUGGUGAUGCUCUUGGGCAGCUUCUGGGCCACCUUCAUUGCACUGCAUCUCGGUGUUCCACUGGCUCGAUACAUGCCACGACUGUUCGCUGCGGCCCUGGUGUUCCCGGUGUCCGCUAUUCCGGUUGCCAUCUUCCUGGGAAGCUUCUAUUACCUGACAGUCGCGGAUCCAACAGGCUUUCUGUUUACCGUGCCAUCUAGGCUCCUGCUCAUUGUGAUCAUGUGCUACAGCUGUCACAGCCUUUGCCAAUCACAAGUCGAAGACGCUUCCAGCAAGGCUGAGAUUGAAAUAGAAGCUACAAGCAGUGGCGGCAAUGCGGCUGUGGGAUCUCCUCCUAGUCCAUCUUCGUCUUGUUGGUCUACGUGAUGUUCAAUGGUUUUCGUCGAUCCUUUCAUCCUAUGUGUUUCAAGCGAUUUUCGGUCUGCGGCUUGAGCCUAGCAAUGUCUAGCAGCCAGAGUCAGCUUCCCCAAUUCAUCAAAGGUGCUCGCCGUCUCGUAGGGUUAGCGCUUGAUGAAGGUUCUGUUAAGAGGCAAAGGUGGUCAAAGUCAAAUGGAGAUUUCUUUUGGUGGAAUUGUGGCUUGCUCAAACUUCAUGAUGUCGCUUGCGUUCGUUGGAGUUUUGUGUGCUGACACUUUGGCUGCAAUUUGUUGUUUCGUGUCAUACGCAGUUUGAAGAGUUCGACUUGCUACUCUUCCCUUUUCCUCAGCCAUGUCAUAGUCAUAGUCCUUUCCGCGUAAUUAAGAAUGUCAUUUUCACACCGCUACAGUACAUACCACGCGUUUGCCCACGUCGCAGCGUGUACAUGGCCAUCCAGGCUGGGUGCCUUCAGGUGCUGUUGAGGAUUCUGGAGGAGCGCUAUAGCAGCAGCUCGUGUGUCACUGCUGUGGAGCUCCUCAGCACGAUGGCCUCUCGAAGUGAAGUGACCGAGAG